UCUUCAACCUAUAUAUACACCUUCAACUCCAAACAUCCCACUCCAAAACAACCCGCAAAACCAGUCAAAACCCAACAAGAACACCCAUCGAUCGGCACCCAUUAAUUUUCUUACUCGCCGAAAAAUGAGCAACGUCCAAGCCUACGAACUUGCCGAUUCUGCUGCUCACGGCGACCGCGAUCACAAGAAAUACAAAGGAGUCCGUCGCCGGAGAUGGGGAAAAUGGGUAUCAGAAAUCCGGGUUCCGGGCACCCAACAACGUCUAUGGUUAGGAUCUUACUCGACGCCUGAGGCGGCUGCCGUUGCUCACGACAUUGCUUACUACUGUCUUCGCCGCCCUUCUUCAUUCGAAGCUCUCAACUUCCCGCUUACGUCGCUGCCGGCUGCUUGCGCCAACGGGGAGUUGUCGCCAAGGUCGGUACAAAGAGCUGCGUCGGAUGCUGCAAUGGCGGUGGACGCUCGGAUGGUUGUUAAUGGACUGGCGCCGUCGACGACGACGGAGCUUUGGGUCGACGAUGAAAGUAGUCGGAAUUCGUUGUGGGAGGCGGCGAGUCAUGAACAGGUGACUGUUGGUAGGGAAGCUUUGAGCAUUUCUGUCGAAGAUUAUUUCUAAUUAUACAUACAUAUACUUAAAUUUUAUUACUUAGCUAGCUAAUACCUAUAUAUAUACACACCCACAAAAAUAAUCAAUUGUAGUGAAGAAUUUUUUGGGGUAAAUCUUUAGUUUUAAUGUAAUCAUUAAUUAAACUAAAAGAGUAAUCAAUUGUACUGAAAAUAUUUCAUUGAGUAAAACGGAUGUGUGUGUGGGGACAUCCGUAUCAUUAUGCAGAAAUGAAUGUGAGGGUCAACCUUUUGACUCAGUCAAUUUGACUAGUUAGAUUACAUUAUUAUGUUAACCAACUUAAUUA